UCGUCCAAUUUCACCCCACUUCUGCCACACCACACAAAAACACUACAAAUACCAUACAAAUAUAAGGCAAGAGAGAGAACAAAAAAAUAAAGAAAAUUAUAGUAAAAGAAAAUACAUUUGACAAGCCACCACAAUAAAAUAUAAUAUCAUUCUAAUCGCUGCGUGCAAAAUUUAUUUUUAUAUAUUUUACUUUAUUUUUUCCAUAACGUUAUACAAAUCUAAUAAAUUUGGUCAAAAAAAAGCCUAUAAUCCCCAUAGUUAGCACUUUUAUGGGUUGAAAUUUGAAGCUUACAACAUUUAAGCUAGAAAUAUGAUCAAAAUAUAUCCAAAUACUACCUUUGGCGCUCCAUUUCGGGGUAAAAAACAAUUUCUAUUAUUCGUCUUUGCCUUACUUAUCGCCACCACUUUAGUUGAUUUGAUUAGAGCACACGAAUUAGAUGAAUACAUUGAUGACGACGUAGACAUUGUCAAUACAACCGCUUCACAUGAUUGGGAUAUUUUGAUCUUUACCCAAAGUUGGCCAGUAACAACCUGUUUCCAUUGGAAAGAGGAAGAUAAGAGUCAUGAAUGCAAUUUGCCCACAACUAAAGAGGUCUGGACUAUCCAUGGCGUUUGGCCAACCAAAUUGGAUACUUUUGGUCCAAACUUUUGCAAUAACAGUGCAAAGUUCGAUGUAGACCAAUUGGAUCCUAUUGUUGAUCAAAUGUAUUUAUUCUGGCCAAAUAUUGAAACUGGCAAAGAAUAUGACUCUUUGUGGGAGCACGAAUGGGAUAAACAUGGAACUUGUGCUGCUCAAAUCGAGCAACUUGACGAUGAGUUAAAGUACUUCAACCAGGGUCUACAUUGGCAUUCGGGUUUCUUUAUGUCAGAAGUGCUCGAAAAGUCUAGCAUCUAUCCAGGAUCGAAUAAUACAAUAAUUGGUCUACAUACGGCUGUUGUUAAAGUUCUUGGCAAGAAUCCGUCCAUACAUUGUUUGUAUGACAAUAAAAAGGAUAUCAGCUAUUUGGCUGAGAUUCGAAUUUGUUUCGAUAAGUCAUUGCAAUUGAUUGAUUGUGAUGGUGUACGUUUCGAUCAGGUUUCAAUUGAUUAUCCAAUGGGAAAAGUUAAUACAAAUUGUCAUGUUUCGAAGCCAAUCUUUUAUCCUAGUAUGGUUCCACCGGUGGAGAACCAGAGUCGAAAAAAGGAUUCAUGGAAAUUUCCAUUUGUAAAUGUUUAUAAAUUGAUACAGUUUUUGAUAUGGUGUACCCUAUAAAGUGGAUGGAUGAAGAUGUAGAGUGAAGAGAAUAUUGACAUUCAAUAACACAAAAACACACAUCGAAUGAGUGAGAAAGGACAAAAUAAUAUAGAUUUUUUAGAAAGAAAUUCAUGAGCUUCGCAAAAAAAAAAAUAAUUAGAAACAAUUUUUUAUAUUUUUUAUUUUUAUAAUUUAUUGUUUUUUUUUACAAAUUUAUCUGAUUAUUUUGUUAUCUUUUAUUUUGUGUGUUAGAUUUGUUAUAAUUUAUACUUAGGAACAAAUUUUUUUGAUUUUUUUAAAUUUUUUUUGAAAAUCAUUU